GCCCCGCGAGUUUGCGCCGGUUCGCGUCCCCCGGCCUCGCCGCUCGGUCCCCGCGAGCGGGACGGCCGCGCGCCCCUCGGGGCAGCCCCCCGGAGCACUCGGUGGGGAGGACGCCGAGCGGGGCGGCGCGGGCUGGAGCCGGGGCAGCCGCCUCCCGAAGAUGCAGGAUGGCAGCAGAGCCGCCGUCCAGCCUCUCCUACCGCACCAUGGGCUCCACCUGUCUGCGCCCGCUCAGCGAGCUCCUGGGCAUCCCGCUGGACCAGGUGAAUUUUGUGGCAUGCCAGCUCUUUGCUUUGUUUGCUGCUUUCUGGUUUCGCAUCUACUUAAGUCCUAGUAAAACCAGUCCUGAUGUCCGGCACGCAUUUGCCACCAUUUUUGGCAUCUAUUUUGUCAUCUUUUGUUUUGGCUGGUACUCUGUACAUCUUUUUGUGCUGGUGUUAAUGUGCUAUGGAAUCUUGGUCACUGCAAGCGUAUCUAAUAUUCACAGAUAUUCCCUUUUUGUAGCAAUGGGAUACCUUACAAUAUGCCACAUCAGCCGAAUCUACAUCUUCCGCUAUGGAAUUCUCACUACAGACUUUUCUGGGCCUCUGAUGAUUGUCACUCAGAAGAUCACAGUCUUGGCAUUCCAAAUUCACGACGGAUUAGGUCGAAGAGCUGAAGACCUCUCUGCUGAGCAACAUCGACUUGCUGUAAAAGUAAAACCCUCUUUUUUGGAAUACUUAAGCUACCUUCUCAACUUCAUGAGUGUCAUAGCUGGCCCUUGUAACAAUUUCAAGGACUAUGUAGCCUUCAUUGAGGGGAGACAUAUACACAUGAAGUUGCUGGAAGUGAACUGGAAGCAAAAAGGUUUCCACAGCCUGCCAGAGCCUUCUCCCACUAGAGCUGUGAUACAGAAGUUGUGCAUGACCUUGGUGUCUCUCCUUUUGUUUUUGACACUCACCAAGACCUUCCCCAUCACCUGCCUAGCUGAUGACUGGUUUGUUCAUAAAGCAAACUUUCCGACUCGACUCUGCUACUUAUAUAUUGUCAUGCAAGCCUCAAAGCCCAAGUAUUACUUUGCCUGGACAUUAGCUGAUGCAGUGAAUAAUGCAGCUGGCUUUGGGUUCAGCGGAGUGGAUAAGAAUGGAAAUUUCUGUUGGGAUCUGCUUUCUAACCUAAACAUCUGGAAAAUUGAGACUGCUACAAGUUUCAAAAUGUACUUAGAAAACUGGAAUAUUCAGACAGUUACUUGGCUAAAGCGAGUGUGUUAUGAGCGGGUUCCAUGGUACCCCACCAUGCUAACCUUCAUCCUGUCUGCCUUGUGGCACGGGGUCUACCCUGGAUACUAUUUUACCUUCUUAACUGGAACCCUUGUCACAAUAGCAGCCAGAACGAUGAGGAAGAACUACAGACAUUACUUCCUUUCUUCAAAAGCCCUCAAGCUUGUUUAUGACGUGAUCACCUGGGCUGUCACUCAGCUGGCUGUCUGUUACACGGUCGCACCCUUUGUUAUGUUGGCAGUUGAACCAACCGUCAGUUUAUACAAGUCCAUGUACUUUUAUUUACACAUCAUAAGUCUCCUGAUAAUACUAUUUCUGCCAAUCAAACCACAAGCUCAUAUUCAAAGGCAGCCGCAGACUCUGAACUCUGUUAAUAAGAAAAAAACAGAUUGAUACCUCCAAGAAAAGCUGAACAAGGAGAACUGCAAAACGUUGGAAAGAUGAGAUGAAAACGCUCAAGAGUUCUCCGGUGACUUAGAGGCGAUGUUUACAUGCAUCUUUUUUUUUUUUUUUUAAGUGCAGGGAAUAUUUUU